AUGAAGGAGAACAGACCCCGCAAUGGAGGAAUCUGCGUGGCUAACCACACUUCCCCGAUUGAUGUCAUAAUCCUGGCCAGCGAUGGCUACUAUGCGAUGGUGGGCCAGGUUCACGGAGGGCUGAUGGGGGUGAUCCAGAGGGCGAUGGUGAAGGCUUGUCCUCACGUCUGGUUUGAACGCUCGGAAGUGAAGGACCGCCACCUCGUGGCCCGAAGGUAUCGGAAGGAAGGAGGAGAAGAAGGCCGGAAGGAGAGGCUGGCCCUCAAGAAGGUGGAGUGCAUUGACGAGAAGCAUGCCAACGACGCUCUCAGAGAAGCGCUUCCUCUGCUGAAGGUGCAGCACCGGCAUGUCUGGCCCUAUAAGGAGAUGUUCAUCUCUUGGGACAACAAGAGGUCCUCGGUGUGGCUGUGCCUGGUGGCGCCCUUCUCGGAGGCAGGCGACCUGGCCACCCUCUUCCAGGCCUGGAGGUGCCGGCAGCUCAAGGCCCCCAAAAAGGUGAUUCAGAUCUUCCUGGGGCAGAUGGUGGACGCCUUGGUGUUUCUCCACCAGCAGAAGAUUAUUCACAGAAACAUCAAGCCGUCCAACAUUCUCCUGUCUGGUGAGGGGGAGCCCUCUUUCCUGCUCUGUGACUUCGCCCCCGAGUGCCUCAUGACGGAUGAACCCAAGUGGCAGAUCCGGGUCAAGGAAGAUCCGCACUUUGAGUCCUGGAUGGCCCCAGAGACUGUGGCGUUCUCCUUCAGUGACAAGGCGGACAUCUGGUCUCUCGGCUGCGUCCUCCUCCAGAUGAUCGGAUGCAAUCGGGUCAAGGGCAGGGACCUGCUCCCGCUGCUGCAGGGCCUGCGUGCGGACAGCACCCGCCUGGAGGAGGCUCUGGGGGUCACCAAAUGCAAGGAGAAGCCUGUGGCCUCAGUCCUGAGGGCCAUGCUCCAGGGGCAACCCUCCAUGCGACCUUCUGCAGAGGAGCUGGUGGAGCUUCCCUUCGUCCGAGAGGCCCUGAUCCUUGCUGGGUCUCCCCUGGUCAAGGUCAAGAAGAGCCUCCCUCCGGGGUUACUAGAGGUCAUCCUUGAUGGCGGGAUUCAGACGGUGCUAGAAUUCAUGGUAUCUUACCAAGACAUAGAGGAGGCCCAAGAGAAGAGCAUUGAGCGCCUUAUCAGCCUCUUGAAGGAAGCCAAAGUGGUCAGUGUGGAGGCCUUCGUCGGACUCCUGGACCCUGUGACCCAGGCCAUGGCGGACCAUGUGGAGGCCCCCGAGGUCCAGUUAGCGGGGCUCUCCUUCCUGAUGGAGGCCCUUGGCAGAGCCAUGGGGCAGCAGGACCUGACAGCGGAGCUGCUGUCCUGCAAGAGUGUCCUGAGCUCCCUCUUGGGCUCCCUCCGGCGCCACCAGGACAACGAGGCCCUGGCCUGGAGCACUGCCACCCUCUUCAUGAUGAUGUCCACCAACGCGGUGGCUGCGGAGGCACUGCGGGAGGCGGGAGUCUUCUCGGAAAUGCUGUCUGCCCUACACCGCUUCGCCCACAACAAGGAGGUCUGCCUCUCCUGCUGCGGAGUCAUUUGGAGCCUGAUGGCCAGCCUGACGAACCCGGCCGCAGUCCCACUGAAGGAGGCCCUGGAGGCCGUGGCCCUCGUCCUUCACGGCAACAUGGAGCACGGCGAAGUGGCCGAAGCCGCCUGCUGUGCCUUCUGGGCCCUGGCCCUUCACGGUAUUGCGGAGGAAGAGGCCCACGACCCUUACGCCUUGCUGCUGAUGGAGGCCCUUCGGCGGCACAAGGAGCGCCCCAUCCUGGCCAAGAACGCCUGCCUGGCCCUGGCCGCCCUCCUCCGGACCUCAGACCUCUCAGGAUUCCGCUUUAUCCUGACCGACGCGACGGGGAGCGGGAUGAGCCUCUUGAAGGAGAUCUACCGGCUGCACCGCGAAGACCCCGAAGUCGUGGAGGACCUCUGCCUCCUCGUCCAGGAGAUGCUCAAAUACGACGGAAUCGUGGUGGAGAUGGCCUCCCAGAACAUGGCGGAAAUGCUGAGCGAAAUGAAGGACCGGUUCACCUCCAGCCUGGUCAGUAAGCGGCAGGAAUGCCCAUACGCCACUCAAUGAUCAUCCCAAAGGCACAGA